GGGUGGGGCUAUCCUCUGCUCCUACGCGGAAGUUCAGUCAGAUCUCAUCUCCCUUGUUCUGUCCUCAUCUGCGAUCUGUAAGGUGGUGGGAGCUGCAGGCGGACUCGGGAGGCCCAGGAACCAGAAAUGGACUCAAUGGCCUUUGAGGAUGUUAAUGUGGAGUUCACCAUGGAGGAGUGGGCUUUCCUGGAUCCCACCCAGAAGAAACUCUACACAGAUGUAAUGCUGGAAACCUUUUGGAACCUGGCAUCAAUAGCAUGUAUUUUAGAAGAAAAAGGUGAAGACCAUGACACUGAAGAUAAAUAUGAAUAUCAUGGGAUGAAUCUUAGCAGUCAUACGGUAGAGAGAGUCUGUACAAGGAAGGAUGGUAGUCAAUGCAGAGAAAACUUCAGCCAGAUUCCAAAUCACAAUGAAAAGAGGGAAACUCCUUCUGAAAUAAAACAACCUAAAGCCACGUUGUGUAGGCAAAUAUUCAUGCGUUACUUAUCCUUGAAUAAUCACCUGAGCUCUCUCACUGGACCCAAACUAUACCUGUUUCAAGAAUAUGAAGAAAACCCUUAUAAAUGUAAGGAACCUGAGAAAGCUUUCAAGCAUCACCAAAAUAUUCGAAGCCAUGAAGGCAGCCCCAGUGGGAAAGCUUUCCACUAUUCAGCCUCCCUUAGAAAUCAUGAAAGAACUCAUACUGGAGAAAGACCCUAUGAAUGCAAGCUUUGUGGUAAAGUUUUCUCUUAUUCAACUUCCCUCCAAAAUCAUAAAAGAACUCAUACUGGGGAAAGACCGUAUGACUGUAAGCAAUGUGGAAAAGCCUUCUUUACUCUACGUACCCUCCGAUAUCAUGAAAGAAUUCAUACUGGGGUAAAACCAUAUGAAUGUAAGCUUUGUGGUAAACUUUUCUCUUAUUCAACUUCCCUCCAAAAUCAUAAAAGAACUCAUACCGGAGAAAAACCGUAUGAUUGUAAGCAAUGUGGAAAAGCCUUCUUUAAUGUACGUACCCUCCGAUAUCAUGAAAGAAUGCAUACUGGGGUAAAACCCUAUGAAUGUAAGCAAUGUGGGAAAGCUUUCAUGGUUCCAAGUACCCUCCAACGCCACGAAAGAAUUCAUAGUGGGGAAAAACCCUAUAAAUGUAAGCAUUGUGACAAAGCUUUCUCUCAUCCCACUUACCUCCAAUGUCAUGAAAGAAUUCAUACGGGGGAAAAACCUUAUAAAUGUAACCAUUGUAGUAAAGCUUUCUCUUAUGCAUCUUCCCUCCGAUGUCAUGAAAGAGCUCAUACUGGGACAAAACCCUAUGAAUGUAAGCAGUGUGGGAAAGCUUUCUUUGCUCUAGGUGCCCUCCAACGUCAUGAAAGAAUUCAUACUGGGGAAAAACCUUAUAAAUGUAAGCAUUGUGGCAAAACUUUCGCUAAUGGAUCUUCUGUCCAAUGUCAUGAAAGAAUUCAUACUGGGGCAAAACCCUAUGAAUGUAAGCAAUGUGGGAAAGCUUUCGUUACUCUAGGUAACCUCCGACAUCAUGAAAGAACUCAUACUGGGGAAAAACCCUAUAAAUGUAAGGAUUGUGGCAGAGCUUUCGCUAAUGUAACUUCCCUCCGAUGUCAUGAAAGAAUUCAUACUGGGGAAGAACCCUAUAAAUGUAAGUAUUGUGGUAAAGCUUUCUCUUCUUUAACUUACCUCCGAUGUCAUGAAAGGACUCAUACUGGGGAAAAACCUUAUGAAUGUCAGCAAUGUGGAAAGGCUUUUUGUCUUUCCCAGUCUCUUAGAAGUCAUAAAAAAAUGCAUUCUGAGGGGAAAUCCUAUGAAUGUAAGCAAUGUGGGAAAGCUUUUGUUGCUCUAGGUGCUGUACUCCGACAUCAUGAAAGAACUCAUACUGGGGAAAAACCCUAUGAAUGUCAGCAGUGUGGAAAAGACUUCAGUUGUACCUCACAUCUUCGAAGACAUAAAAGAACUCACAAUGGAAAGAAGACUCAUGAAUAAGAAAUGAGGUAAACCAUUUUUGCCAUUCUUUUUCUCAUAGUGGAGAGAAACCACAUCAAUGCCUUUAGGUUCCAACUAGUUUUUACAGACAUGUGAAAACAAAAUGUAUUGAUAAACACCGUUAAUGUAAAGAAUCGCCAAGAGCCUUCAUUUAUCUCUCAGCUGUGCCAUCAUGUAUGAUAAUCCUUAUUGGGGAUGGACCCUAGUAAUGUAAGAGGGUUAGAAAGCGUUCAUUUUUUCCAGUUUAUUGUAAAGGAUGAAUGAACUCACUGAAGAGAUCCCUGUCAUGUAAGGAUUGUAGAAGAACCUUUGGCCAUCCUAGUUCUUUACAAAAUCAUGAAGGGACUCACACCCAACAAUAUGUGUAUGAACAUAAGGAAUGUGGGAGAGCCUUUCUUGGACAUGUGAGAAUGCACCUGGUGAAAUAGUGUAUACGUAGAGAAGGUGGGAAAGCCUUCAGUUGUCUCUUUUCCUUGGAAAGAUCAUUAAAAAAAAACUCAAAUUUGAGAAUUGUUUUUAAUGUAAAAAUAUAGGAAAACCUUCAUGUUGCCUUAUGUCCCUACAAUAAUACAAUGUGAAAAUGUACACUGGAUAGAUACUGUAUAAUUGCCUAUUUAAAAAAAGUUUAAAUUUUAACAAAUACUUUCAGAGUAGCUUGAAAACUGCACUGGAAGGAAAUCCUAUUAGUGUAACUAACUGGUAUAUGUAAACCUGUUGCAAAUGAAGUCAUAUAUACCCCAAAACUCACAGCAUUAAAGAAGUUCUAUGAA